AUGCAGCUGUGCUGCCAUGGCUGCAACGGAGUGCGCACGGCGGCCUACGUCGAGUGCCAGCAUCACCAGAUUGGAAACAUACCGAUGGUGGCUUUGGACGGCUGCUUCUCCUGCUUUCCAGCACAGAGGAGCUCGCGGUACGGCUGCGACGGCAAGCAGUUCUGCAAGAAGAGCUUCGGCCAUGCUCACCAUGGAGAUUCCCAAAGACCAUCACUGUGCUGCGUUGCGAUGGAUCACACGCAUGCACUGACGAACAAGCCCAAGAAGUUCGAGGAAAAGGAAUGGGAGCAUGGCCCGGAUGUGGUCAACUUCGCGCGCUAUGUGCGCAAAGACCUUUGCCUUAUGAAAAUUGAUGAUUUCGAUGCUUUCCCGCUGGCACCUGACGAACGCAGCUGCCAAAACCAUUGCUGGGACAAUGCCUUCUGCUAUAUUUACGUCUACCUGUCUGAGAAGGUACAGGUGCCUACGCAUCAUCGCCGGCUCAUCAUGGGCCUUUCGGGCCUCACCUCUAUGGCCCCCACGGGGGUGAUGACCCCAGCAGCACUUCCGACCGAGAAGGAUAUCGUCCUGCCAGGAGACAGGCUCAGUCAAAAGAGACAAGCUGCGUACGUCCUAAUCAUCGGCGGUGGUGUGACAUCGCAUUGGUGCUCUUUGUGGAUGUUUGAAAGUGGCCAAGUUUACUCCAUGGAGCUGACGGCAAUCAAUGAAGUCACCGGAUACCGGUGGCUCCAGAGCCGCUACAAGAUGCGCCGCCUGCAUUCUCGAGCUCAGCUUAAAGACGGCGUGCGCGCUCGGCCAUUUUUUCCCGCAGCGCCGUGUCAAAGCCGGCACAGCGAGUCCGAGGGGUGCGAAACUUGUGUCAAAGAUCUCGCACUGUACGGUUACUGCGAGGCACUCUGCAGUUGUCUUGCAAUGGCAAUCCUUAGUCCUCGUGGGACAGCUGCGGUGCCAAGCACUUUUCCAGAAGUCGUUGAGCUUGUUUGGCCGAUUGUCCAGGACUUCGUGCACGCGAGCGGGGGCAGGAAUUAUGUAAUGUCUGGCAUGAUUUGCAUUGACGGAACAUCGCCACAUGAUCUUCGCAAGAGCGCAGGGAUGGUGCCUCUGAAUACGUCCUUUUACGAUUUGUUUUUCCACAAUUGCCAGCUGUUCAUUCUACAGCUUUUGUGUGGGCAAUACGGCGUGGAGUUUGCGCAGCUUCCCUUUGCCGUAGGUUCGGUAAUUGCCGGGCCUACCUUGCUUGUGUUGGAGGUCACCUUUGUCGCACUCUUUCAUCACCUACAGCACCAGCAACCUUGUAUGGCGAUGCUGGUUGGGAUAGCAUGGGUUGCCACAGAAAUCUACCUCACAUGGAGGUAUGUGUAUUCGUAUCGCUUGAAGCCCACCAGUGGAACCGUCGUCGGAUCGGUCAGCACACUUCUUGUUUGGAUCGUUAUUUGCGCCACAGGCGCCUCGGAUUCUGCUUUUGCCGGCUCGAUCCCCGUACUCAGUCUUGUUUGGGAUAUGUGCAUGGUCGCUGAGGCAUUGACAGUCAACAUGGUAUUUCGAAAUACUGCAUUGACAGUGGUGAACUUGAUGUUGAUUGCUGUGGCAAUUGUCAUUGUCGCAUAUCUGCAAUGGAUUGAUGGGUGGCCCGUACAAGAUCUCCUAGUGCCCAUGUGCGGUGUCCCCAUUGCCAUCGGCAACAUCACGUUGGCAGCCUCGUUAUACUCGAGGGUUCCAAAAGUACCAGCCGCCCCGUUUUAUGACGAUGAUGAGACAAGCUCGGAGCGUGAGCAGCGUCUGGCUCUACAAGGGCAAUUCAACAAGUUCAUUUUGUUUGCGGCAGCACUUCUACUCGCCUCCUUCAUCCUGCCAGUUGUAGCUCUGGUGAUGACACUGGAAUUCCUGAGCCAGCUGCAGAUAGGCAUGGUGAAAUUGUGA